AUGUCUCUUUUUUCUUCGAGUGAUCGUCCAAGUUUUCCCGGAUCGUGGGUGGUUCCUUCGCCGAGGUCGGAAUGGUUGGAUCCACCGGCCACGCUUAACCCGAAAUACUACUCUUCAGACGGACGGCUGAGUACGCUUGGUAUCACCGAGCCGUUCAAGAACAACGACGUGGCCGAUUUCGGCAUUGAGCUUCAGAGUUUAAAGAGUUUUCUGAAUCCGCCGUCGCCAGCAGGAUCCUCGCCUCUUUCCACUCAGAUCUUUUCUCCCGAGAUUCCUCACAUUCAAACAACUCCAUCAGCAGUAGAACCACACAUGACAGAGCCUUUGCUCCCAGACUCUGCUCCGCUUGAUUUCACCUGCUUGCUUCCACAAGCGGGCGUCACUAUGGCCCAGUCCGCGGGGCCAAUGGCUGGAUGCUGGGACUUAAACCCGAAUAAUCGGACUGACGAGAAUGUCUUGUUGCACGUCUUGAGCGAGGAUUUUGAGCGGGGCGGAGAAGCGGUCUUGGAAGAGUCUCUUGAAGGAGAUGACAAUCGGCUUGUCUGA